CCCUGCCUGCUCUUAACUCGGCUGGGCAUCAUUGCGCGUCAAAACAUUGCGUCUCUGCAGGACCAUCCAGGGUCGGAGAGGAGAGCAAAUUUGCCUGGGAGGGAAUGAAAACAGGCUUUUAGGGUUGGCACUGCCACGAGGAAAACGGGGAGGCGCGACGUUCUCUAGGCCACGCGGAGAUCCGUUUUUUUCCCUUCCAAAGGUGUUUCGCCUCCCGACCCAUCGCCCACCACGGCCCUCACCUGUGUGUUGCGGUGCUUCCCUUGUGAGCCGACCUGGGCUGGCAGUCCCUUCUUGCACCGCCCGCCAACCCCGCCCAUGGUCAGGAUGACGCGCUCCAAGACCUUCCAGGCGUACCUGCCGAGCUGCCACCGCACGUACAGCUGCAUCCACUGCCGAGCUCACCUGGCCAACCACGACGAGCUCAUCUCCAAGUCGUUCCAGGGCAGCCAGGGCCGAGCCUACCUGUUCAACUCAGUGGUGAACGUCGGGUGCGGCCCCGCCGAGGAGAGGGUUCUGCUCACGGGCCUGCACGCCGUGGCAGAUAUCUACUGUGAGAACUGCAAGACGACGCUGGGGUGGAAAUACGAGCACGCGUUCGAGAGCAGUCAGAAGUACAAAGAGGGCAAGUUCAUCAUCGAGCUGGCCCACAUGAUCAAGGACAACGGCUGGGACUGAGCGGCCGGGAGAUGACUGCAGCAGCAACGGGGAGCAGGGGCAGGGCGGAUGAGGGGAAGGGAGGGAGGGACGGGGGAGGGGUGGGGGGGGGGUGUAAUGGGUGAGUGUGUGACUUUGGCUGGACUGAUUGAUCAUUAACCUCAGUAACUCUCUGCCCAUCUCUCCCUACCACACCUCUACUUGAUGUAAACACACACACACGCACACACACACACACACACACACACACACACACACACACACACACACACACACACACCUCGAGGUCCCAGACUGGGCAGGCUUGUGCGCAGCUAGCAGGACUAGGUGACUGGCCAGCAACGGUAGAGAGAGAGAACAAGUGCAGAAACUCGAUUUUCAAAAACGUACGCGACCUUCAUGCUUUGAGACAUCCUCCUCGUGUGACCUUGUCCAAUAAUAAUAAUGAUGAUGUUAAAAUGUCUUACUACUGGCUCAUCCAGCCGCUGCCCGGUUCACUGGCCUUGGUUGAAGAGCUGACAGGCAUUUAUUGAGUCCCAGCAGGACGGAGGUGACCUCAGACGAUUAGAGCAAAUCUGGCUCUAGUCUGAGACCUGGCACCAAGGCUGAGGCACAUGGAUGUUGGGCUAUGCGUGGGGGGGGGGCAGGGAUCUCUGCCCACCAGGCCACUCACUCAACACAGUGGGGAGGGGGAAGCUCCUGAUCCGGUUAUGCAGUGGCCUGGACGGCCUCUGGCCGCGGUCCAGUCCGCGUCUUGCCAGCGAUGCAGCUCAGCUCAGGACGGGGCAGGAUUGGCUUACAGUGAAACAGAUACAGGCCGCAGCCACCGGCUCGUCCUAAAAGCUUGCAGAAAUUUGCCCUCGCAGCAGCCGAGCAGCACCCUUAAGUCCGGCGUCAGCGAACGCACCGCCGCGGCCGCCUUCGGGUCUCCCAGGGGCCCGUGGGCCAGAAUCAAAGGGCAACACUGGGAGGAUGCAGAUAGUAAAUAUACGUGAGUUAGUUUAGUCUGUGUUUGAGGUCUGUUUAUACCUAUGAUGCAUAGGUAUAAGUAGAAAUACAAUGCAUAUCUCUGAGUCUGAGGUGACUGUUUAAGCGUUGUUACACAGAUGCUACUGUCUCGCAGGAAACACAUGGUGAAGCCGUGUACUGUAGUGAUUCCUCUGUUGUUCCUGAACGCCCAGCGUGUCGUCGUCUUGACCUUUGCUCCUGUUUUGAGGAAUAGAUUGCAACGAAUGUUCCAGGUUUUCCGGUGGAGACGCCUUGAUGGUAACCUGCCUCCACUAAGGCCAGGGUCCGACCCUAAAGUGCUGGAUGCGUUCCUCUCUGGUGGUGAGAGAAUACGUCAUAGACCCCCCCCCCCCCUCGUGAAAACGCCACGUUUUUCUGCAUGCACGACUUCAUGUUGGAAGUUUUCCACCACGUUUUCCCCUCUUUGUGCUCGGUGCUCCUUGUGUUUUUCGUGGAAAUGACACUGCGUAUUCCGGUUGCAAUCUCGUAGUGUGAUUCGGCGUUCAUGCGUUUGCAUCUCGCCCCGACGGCUCUGGGCGCCGCCCCGCGUUGCGUCCGAGCCUCCGCUGAGAGCUGCUCUGUGACUGUGUGACGUUAAACCCAGCGCAACCAAAGAACCCGACCGCUACCAAUAAAUUGACCAAACCGAAAUGUCAUUUUGCUUGGGCAAAGUGUGAAACCAGGGGGUGUGUGAGUAAAGCUGAAGCCAAGGCUGUGGGAAGCCUGCGCUCUAUUUAAGCAUUAUGAUUUUGGAAACAAAGAUCUUAAUAUAUGAAUAUAUUCUAUUUACUGUAUUCACCACGAGGAUUACCAUUCACGUCAACCUCUGUGUUACAUACUGUAAAUAGUGUUAAUGUAUUGUGUUUUAUCUAUGAUCCAUAUGAUGAUGAAUGAAUCUGAUUCCGGUCACGUCAUGCUUUCUUUCUUGUACCCCACAUUGGCUGUACGAUACUACUUUUUUACUGAAAAUGUUUCGAUUUUAGAGUCUUUUGUAAAACAGGAUGCUGAUGUUGACUACAUGUCACUGGAUCUUCAUCUAAUAAAAUGCACCUUGGUAUCUGUA